AUGACGGCCAGAAUCCCGGCCGUUGGGAUUGACUUGGGCACCACCUAUUCCUGUGUUGCUGUUUUCGAGCAUGGAAAAGUUGAAGUAAUCGCCAAUGACCAGGGCAACCGAACAACCCCUAGUUGUGUUGCUUUCACUAGUAAUGAACGUUUAGUUGGCGAGGCAGCAAAAAACCAGGCUGCUACUAAUCCAGCUAACACGGUCUUCGAUUCCAAACGCUUCAUUGGACGUCGCUGGGAGGAGCCUUGUGUUCAGGAGGAUGCCAAGCACAUGCCCUUCAUGUUGACCAAUAAUAAUGGACGGAUUAAGGUGCAGGUUAUAUAUAAGAACGAAACCCGACUGUUUUAUCCCGAAGAGAUAUCCUCCAUGGUGUUAACAAAAAUGAAAGAGACGGCCGAAGCCUAUUUAGGAGUAACUGUCUCGGAGGCAGUGAUUACAGUGCCUGCUUAUUUCAGUGAUAGCCAACGUCAGGCGACCAAGGAUGCCGGCAUCAUCGCUGGACUUAACGUUCUGCGCAUUAUAAAUGAGCCGACUGCCGCCGCCAUCGCAUAUGGUCUCGACAAAAACAUCAAAGAUGAGCGCGUUGUCCUCGUCUUUGAUUUAGGUGGGGGGACCUUUGAUGUAUCUGUUCUUGUUAUAGAAAAUGGCAUAUUUGAAGUGUAUGCGACUGCCGGAGAUACUAGGCUAGGCGGUGAAGACUUUGACGAUAGGAUGGUGGACUAUUUCAUUAAGGAGUUUCAAAAAAAGUAUGGCAAGGAUAUCACAUCUAAUAAGAGAGCAGUUCGUCGUCUCAGAACGGCAUGUGAACGUGCCAAAAGGACGCUCAGUUCUAGUGCACAGGCCAACAUAGAGGUAGAUUCUCUGUAUAAUGGCGUAGACUUCUAUACAACAAUAAGCAGGGCACGAUUCGAAGAGCUCAAUUCAGACUUGUUUAAGGCCACAUUAAUCCCGGUAGAAAAGGCCCUUAAGGGUGCCAACAUCCACAAGGAGGCUGUCGAUGACAUAGUUAUCGUGGGAGGC